UUUAUUUACAAUCUUUUGCAGACUGAAAUCCUGAGUGGAAUGAAAGUCAGACUGAAUAACCUACACAAUGUUGAUGACCGGGGGCGAGAGUGAAGGACAUACUGUUCUUUAGCAUCGUUAUUACAGAUGAUUUAAGAGAAAUGAAGAUUUGUAUUCUUUGGAAACAUUAGAUUUUAACAUCUAAACUAUGUUGUCUGUUUUCUACAUUGUAAGUUUUACCAGUGAUCCCAUAUUAUUGCAAUAACACAGAAAUGCAGGACCAGCAAUUGGUGAAAAGUCCUAGCACCAUAGAAGGAUUAAGCUGUCUGUCUUUGAAAGAGCAUCUUACAGCCAAAAUGAGCGGUAUGUCUCUAAGUCAAAAUAAUGAGGGAAUUGCUGAAUGUAACAGAAAAGAAAGCAGAAAUGAAGAAGAUACAGUGGAACUUGAAAUGAUGCAGCAGAGCCUCUCCCUGGAGAAAGUUAGAAGAAGAAGUUGUGAAGAGUUUUCUGAGAGCAUUCAUUGUACAUCAGAACCCAAUAGUUCCUGGGGUGAUUUUGAAAGUUUCAAUGAAUCGUUAGUCAAGUCUGAGAGCAUCAUUGACACUCUUGAAGUUUUGGUGAAUUCAUCAGAAACAAAAACUUCUAAAAAUGGUAUAGAGUUAAAUGGAAAACAUUGCAAUACUUCUCAUGUGUGUCACUGCUGCAAACCAUCUCCACAGGAUGGGAGGGAAACUAGUGCUAGUUCUCUGGAUAAGGCCAGCAUCAGCUGUGAGAAUAUUUUUAAGUUGAGUUUUCCAGAAGUCAUUGUUCCACAGUCCACAGAGAACAUAAGAAAGGGAUAG